UCUCCUAGCAACUCCAAAAUAAACUGCGAAAAGGCUCGUCGGUGUCGCUGUUGAGGAUUAAUCUGAUCAGACGCGAUAUUAAAUUGGUUAUUAAACACUUUAGUUUUAUAUACGACGAUCAUUUGAUGCGUACGUUUGUUUGUUGUUUGUAAGGCGGAACCCGAGAUUUGGAGUCCAGAGAUCCAGUCGGACGCAUUCAGAGCAGAAGAACUGUUUAUGGUGUGCUUUCAUUUCAAGUAAAACUGCAGGAUUAUGUUCAAAAAUACGUUUCAAAGCGGCUUUCUGUCCAUCCUCUACAGCAUCGGCAGCAAACCCCUGCAGAUAUGGGACAAAAAGGUCAGAAAUGGACACAUAAAGCGCAUCACAGACAAUGACAUCCAGUCUUUAGUUCUCGAGGUGGAGGGGACUAAUGUGAGCACCACCUACAUCACGUGUCCCGCUGACCCCAAGAAAACCCUCGGCAUCAAACUCCCCUUCCUCGUCAUGAUCAUCAAGAACCUCAAGAAGUAUUUCACAUUCGAAGUUCAGGUACUGGACGAUAAAAACGUGCGGCGGAGGUUCAGGGCGAGUAACUAUCAGAGCACGACCCGCGUCAAGCCCUUUAUCUGUACGAUGCCCAUGCGGCUGGACGACGGCUGGAAUCAGAUCCAGUUCAACCUGUCAGAUUUCACACGGCGAGCGUACGGCACCAAUUACAUCGAGACGCUGCGAGUGCAGAUUCACGCAAACUGUCGCAUAAGGAGGGUUUACUUCUCUGACCGGCUGUACUCUGAAGACGAGCUCCCCGCAGAAUUUAAACUCUAUUUACCAGUACAAAACAAAGCGAAGCAGUGACACAGCAGACCAGAUUCCUUCAUUCCCUCUCUUUGUUUUAUCUGCAAAUGUUCAUACUGGAUGGAUUUCUACUGGCACUAUCUUUUUGUUGUUUUUCAAGUGUUGUUUUGGAUCUGUGUGAUUGGUUUCCAUCUGCUAAAUAAAUAUUUUAUAUGCACAAAGUGAAA